AUGAACCUUUUAGCAGAACAAAAAGAGGAAGAUAGUUUUCAUGAUUAGAUGCUGACGAAAGCAGAGCAGAGCAGAUAACGCCAAAUCCAAAACUACAACAACUUUAAAACGACAUUGUCUCCUACCUCUGAUAUCUUUGCUUUAAAGGCAAUGGAGGAGAAAUCAACGGCGGCGGCGGCGGUGGCAGCACCACCAACGGUAAUAGAACACAAAGCAUACGGGCGUGUGGGUCUAUUAGGGAAUCCAAGUGAUGUUUAUUAUGGGCGUACCCUGUCGUUUAGUCUUGGAAAUUUCUGGGCAACCGUUCAGUUACACCCAUCUCAUGAUCUCGUCAUCAAGCCACAUCCGACGCAUGAUCUUGUCCAAUUCUCUUCUCUCAAUCACCUGGUGGAUCGAUUGCAAAGUGAAGGGUAUUAUGGAGGAGUACGAUUGCUGAUGGCUAUUUGUAAAGUAUUUUUCAAGCAUUGUAAGGAGAAUGAGAUCAACCUUCAUUCUCUAAAUUUCACUCUUUCUUAUGAUACUAACAUUCCUCGCCAGACUGGACUUUCAGGUUCUAGUGCUAUCGUAACUGCGGCCUUGAAUUGUCUUCUUGAUUUCUAUAAAGUCAGGCAUUUGAUUAAAGUUGAAAUCCGGCCUAAACUUGUGCUUAGUGCUGAGAAAGAACUUGGGAUUGUUGCUGGCCUUCAAGAUCGAGUGGCUCAGGUGUAUGGGGGUCUUGUUUACAUGGAUUUUUCCAAGGAUAUUAUGGAUAGGCUGGGUCAUGGGAUCUAUACACCUAUGGAUAUUAGCCUUCUUCCACCCCUUCAUCUUAUCUACGCUGAGAAUCCAAGUGAUUCUGGGAAGGUACAUAGUACAGUUCGAAAAAGGUGGCUUGAUGGUGAUAAAUUUAUUAUAUCAUCCAUGGAAAAAGUUGCAGAUGUUGCAGUAGAAGGACGUACUGCUAUUCUUGAAAAGAAUUACGACAAACUUGCAGACCUGAUGAACCGUAACUUUGACCUUAGAAGGAGCAUGUUCGGCAACGAUGCCCUUGGUGCUAUGAACAUAGAAAUGGUGGAGGUGGCACGAAGAAUAGGUGCUGCUUCAAAAUUUACCGGCAGCGGAGGAGCUGUCGUUGUUUACUGUCCUGGUGGGGCUUCACAGGUAAAGCUUCUGGAGGAUGCUUGUCAGAAAGCUGGUUUUUCCAUUCAGCCUGUGCAGGUAGUUCCUGCUCUUCUUACCGAAGAAGAUAUGAAGACAUUGUCAUAACAAAGAAAUAUUUAGACCAAGCUGUCCGAGCAACAAAGAAUUUUUUUUGCCGACACCUAAUUUUUUUAUAUCUUGUAAUAACAUCAUUAGCCUUUUGAAAUGUUCAUGCUGGAAUUUGGGAGUUGAAUUUGUUCUCCUAAUGAUUUCUUUUUGAAGUUCUCUACCAUUCUCUUGGCCAAGUGAUACACUCAUUUUUUUAUAAAUAAAUUGAAAGGGGAAAUUUACUCAA